CGCGGCGAAACUGGGUCACGUGACGUGGUGCGCCUCCAGCGUCGCCGACGUUGCUGAAAGGGAAGUUGGUCCAGCGGCUGCUGAGCUCGGCUGCUGCGCGGAUGUGCUGGGUCAGUUUGGAGCGGGUGGAGGUCGCCGCGGGGCUCUAGGAAGAUGUUACCAAGUACUUCAGUGAAUUCCCUAUCCCAGGGGAAUGGAGCACUGAAUUCCAGGGAUGCAGCGAGGCACACAGCUGGAGCAAAACGCUACAAAUACCUGCGCAGGCUUUUUCGUUUUCGGCAAAUGGACUUUGAGUUUGCAGCCUGGCAAAUGCUCUACCUGUUCACGUCCCCACAGAGAGUUUACAGAAACUUCCAUUACCGAAAGCAGACAAAGGAUCAGUGGGCCAGAGAUGACCCUGCUUUCUUGGUCCUAUUAAGUGUCUGGCUCUGUGGUCACAAUUUGAGGAUCUCUGAAACUGUUUCUGCCUUUCUGGAGCCUCACAAAUCUCACAAGACGGAAAGUGUGUCCACUAUAGGAUUUGGCUUUGUGCUGGACAUGGGAUUUUUUGAGACAAUAAAGCUGCUCCUUUGGGUUGUGUUCAUAGACUGCGUAGGCGUCGGUCUGCUCAUAUCAACGUUAAUGUGGUUUAUCUCUAACAAGUAUUUAGUGAAACGGCAGAGCAGAGACUAUGAUGUGGAGUGGGGCUAUGCCUUCGAUGUGCAUCUGAAUGCUUUUUAUCCUCUCCUCGUCAUUCUUCAUUUUAUCCAGCUUUUUUUCAUCAACCAUGUUAUCCUAACAGACACGUUCAUUGGCUAUUUAGUUGGAAAUACCUUAUGGCUGGUUGCAGUUGGCUAUUAUAUCUAUGUGACUUUCCUAGGAUACAGUGCACUGCCAUUUUUGAAAAACACAGUGAUUCUUCUCUACCCAUUUGCACCUCUCAUCCUGCUCUAUGGACUGUCACUAGCACUGGGCUGGAAUUUCACCCACAUGCUGUGCUCCUUCUACAAGUACAGAGUGAAGUGAAACCGUGAGCUGCUUACACCUUCCCUGCAUCAGCAGUAUUGGGGGGGGUGAUGAUUUCUUGUGCAACAUGUAAAUAAAUGAUCAUUGUAGAUAUCUUAAAGGUGUAAAGUUUAAAGAUUUGAAGAAAUACAUAUGUUAACACUGUGUUGAGUACAUUCCUUAAAACAAAUGUACAUUUCUAUAAUAAAUAUUUUUCAAACUAAAA